AUGGAUACCAAUGGUACAUAUCAACCGCCUACAUCUCAGCCUGCGCCGUGGCCCUCGAGUGAAACUACCGUGCCUUUGAGAGGCUCACGACCCGGUGCUGAGCCCGCCGGUCAACAUCAGUACGCCACCGCGCAGCAGCAGUCUCCGGGUUCUAAUUUUGUUGGUGCUCAAGGUCCAACGUCGCAGCCUCCGGUUUCCAUGCCGGCUUGGAAUCCGGCGGCCUUGCUACAACCCAGCCGUCGAGGCUUCAGCGCGACUGAUUUGAGAAAUCUCCCCUCUGGCCGUCCCCAGCCCAUGUAUAAUCAUGUGGCCAACGGCCAUAACCGAGCGUCGCCGUCUGUGAAUGAUCAAAUGGUCUUUCAGUUUACCAGUGCUAGUGACACUUCUUCCAAUGGCCAUGUCAGCGGUUCCUCAACUCCAACUCCGCCAAAUGGCGAGGCACCAACGUCCAACGGUGUAGGGAUGUGGAUUGAGCGUAUGAAUAAUGUUCAACACCGUUCCAAUGUUCCACAUCCUAAGCGCCGCAAGACGGAGGAUCCUCAAGAUUUUGCUGCUAGGGCCGGCAAUAUGUCGAUUCGAAGCAGCAGUGGCAUGAUGGGCGAAUACGUGAGAGAAAAACGGCUCGAGAGCAACGGUGGCAGAACAGGGCCACCAUCACAGACUGUAGAUCUUACUGAUGUCACAGAUGAUGAAGUUAUGGUUAUUGAUAAUCCCAAGGAUGAGGAGGUCUGCUAUGGAAUGAUCAAGACUGGCCUCAACUGUAGCAAGGUGCCGUCACCCAAACCCGGCAUGCAAAGUCUCUGGGGCCCUGGAUAUAAUCCAGGAAUCAAGAUCUUGCUGAGGAGGCAAAUUGGCGAGAGGUCAUUGAAAAUUCCAGCAUGUGACCACACUCGCGAGUUCAUUGGUCUCGUCGAGCCUUCAUGUGCUGCGGCACUCACUCCUCUCCUGGAUACAAAUAUACGUUUACGAACUGAUUGCCGCAUACCCCCACACCAGAAGAAGCCUGGUGAGGAGCCGGGACAGCCAAUCUCGAGAGCAUACAACCUGGAUGUUGUCCUCUAUGGUCCACAACGGUAUGCCAGAUCUGUCGGUGGACUCUUGAGCAAACACAACUUGAAGCUCAUUGCCCCGCACAUGGUGCAAAAGGGCAUCAGAGUAUUAAACCCUCAUGUUUCAGAAUGGCGACCACCGCCGCCAAAGGUAUAUCCGACCAAUGCCCAGGGUACAUACACGAGUAUCGCAAACCGUACCGUGGAAGAAAUCCGUUCCGAAGUCAUGGGCGUUUUUGAUUCGCUCAAGAGAAAUGACGAUCUUCCAACCAUGGACGCCGAUGAAAGAGUCCUCACGCCUCUGCUUAAGCAUCAGAAGCAAGGUCUCUACUUCAUGGCCACCAGAGAGAAGUCGCUGCAGGAGCAAUCAACAGAGAAGGGCAUGGUGUCAUUUUGGCAGACCAAAGUCAACGGUAGGGGCGAAAAGUCAUAUUCCAACGUCAUUACAGGCCAGGAGCAGAGAGCACCGCCGCCAGAAACUUGUGGUGGCAUACUCGCUGAUAUGAUGGGUCUGGGCAAGACCUUGAGUAUUCUUUCUCUUGUGUCUAGGACGAUAGACGAGUCUCACAAAUGGGAACAGAGUCCCAUCGUACAACGACCAAAAAUGGACCCCCGGCUAACGAGUAAUGGCCACUCCGCAAUGCAGACCAACUUCGAGCCGGCAGCAGUUACUCGGCACGUGAAAUCAACCUUGAUUGUUUGCCCUCUCAGCACGGUGACGAAUUGGGAAGAGCAGUUAAAACAGCAUAUCGCCCCUGGUGGUCUUUCGUACCACAUUUACCAUGGAUCCAGUCGAAUCAAAGACGCCGACAAGCUUGCCGAAUUCGACAUUGUGAUUACGACAUACGGGUCCGUCUCCAACGAACUGGGCUCUCGCCGCAAGGGUAAGGACGGCAUUUACCCGCUGGAAGAGAUUGGUUGGUUCCGCAUUGUGCUGGAUGAGGCACACAUGAUUCGCGAAUCCUCCACUCUCCAGUUCAAAGCCAUGUGCAGAUUGCAAGCCGAACGACGCUGGGCAGUCACAGGCACACCUGUUCAAAACCGCUUGGAUGAUCUUGCUGCUCUCUUAAGCUUUCUGCGACUGCACCCGUUUGAUGAUCGAUCCAAGUUUAACCGCUACAUUGUCGAACCUUUCAAAGCUUGUGAUCCGGAGAUUGUGCCAAAACUGCGAGUGCUCGUCGACACCAUCACCCUCCGUCGCCUCAAAGACAAGAUUGACCUUCCAAAACGCGAAGACUUGGUUAUCCGCUUGAAUUUCAGUCCCGAAGAACGUUCAAUCUACGAAUUAUUUGCGCGUAAUGCCCAAGACCGGGUUAAGGUCCUGGCUGGUGUUAAUGUUGGAAAAGCCCUUGGAGGUAAUACAUAUAUUCAUAUUCUGAAAGCUAUUUUGCGACUCAGACUGCUCUGCGCACACGGCAAGGACUUGCUGAAUGAAGACGACCUUGCCUCUCUCCGAGGAAUGUCAGCGGAGAUGGCAAUUGAUAUUGACGACGAAGACGAAGGCGGUCCCGCGUUAUCACACCAAAAGGCACAUGAAAUGUUCUCACUAAUGCAGGACACCAAUAACGAUGCUUGCAUUGAGUGUAGCAAGAAGUUGAACGCAGGCGAGGGCCAGAACCUAGAGAGUGAGCAGCAGGAUGACAUACUUGGAUACAUGACUCCUUGCUUCCACGUGGUCUGCCGAAACUGCUAUAGGAGCUAUCGCGAACGAGCCCAGCAGCUGCUUCCGCCUGGCCAGAACGCUGGCCCAUGCUUGAUUUGUGCCUCUCAUGUGCGCUUCGAAUUCGUCGAGCUCCGCCGCGACGAUGUGGACGCUGAGCACGACGGACCGGCCAAAAUAAAGGCUAGAGACACCAAGAAGAGGCUCGACAAAUAUGACGGCCCACACACCAAAACCAAAGCCCUCGUUGAGGAUCUCUUGAAGAGCAAGGCAGCUAGCCAAGCCAACCCCGACGAACCGCCUUUCAAAUCAGUCGUCUUCUCCGGCUGGACGUCCCACUUAGAUCUCAUUGAGCUGGCCCUCAACGCCGCAAGCAUCACCUUUGUCCGCCUAGACGGCAGCAUGACACGCACGGCUCGAACCGUCGCCAUGGAAAAGUUCCGAGAGGACAACAACGUGGAAGUCAUUCUCGUAUCCAUCAUGGCCGGAGGUCUAGGUCUCAACCUAACAGCAGGUAGUAACGUCUACGUCAUGGAACCGCAGUACAAUCCAGCCGCAGAAGCACAAGCUAUAGACCGUGUGCACCGACUCGGACAGAAGCGUCCCGUCCGCACUGUCCGGUACAUCAUGCAGGACAGCUUCGAGGAGAAGAUGCUAGAAUUGCAAGAGAAGAAGAUGAAGCUGGCUAGUCUGAGCAUGGACGGCCAGAGCAAGGCGUUGGACAAAGCCGAGGCCGCAAGGCAAAAGUUGAUGGAUUUGCGAAGUCUUUUCAAGUAG